CCAGAUUUGGGGUUAUAUUCAUAUAUUCUUGAGAUAUUUUGGUGAUUGUGACUUUAAACCUGGGGGUGGCUCCUGGGAGUGGGGUGCAGGAUGAUGAUGCCAUGACUCGGAGGGGAUGAGGGGCCGGGCAGGGAAGAGACCCCGGACCCGGAGCAGAAUCCCCGGGGCAGGUGCGACCCCCGGGCCCGACCAGGACCCCUCAGGCCCGGUUCCACCCCUCAGACCCGAGCAGGAUCCCCAAUACCCGGUUCCACCCCUCAGACUCGAGCAGCACCCUCCAUACCCGGUUCCACCCCUCAGACCCGAGCAGCACCCUCCAUACCCGGUUCCACCCCUCAGACCCGAGCAGCACCCUCCAUACCCGGUUCCACCCCUCAGACCCGAGCAGCACCCUCCAUACCCGGUUCCCACCCUCAAGCCAGGCCCGGUUCGGUUCCCUCAGAGCCGCCUCAGCCCCGCCCCCUCAGCGCUCUGAGGGCGCGAAUUUUCCCGCCCUUUUUUCCUCCCGCCCCUUUCCCCUCCCACCUCCGAUAGGCGGUGCUUGAAACGCGCCGGUCCCGCCCUCUCACCCGCCCAUCGUUCUCCCAUUGGUCCGUUCUGUCUAAAUUUGAAUAACCACGCCCUUUGUGCCGUCUUUGCCGCGCCUUUUCUCCUUAUACGGCUUGGCCACGCCCUCCCCUCACGGAGCCGCGCCCGCGCGGUUCGAGCGCGGUCAUGGCGGAGCCGGGGAUGGAGCCGGAGCCGGAGCCGGAGCGGGGCCCGGAGGCGGUGACGGCCGAGGCGGUGCUGAGGGAGCUGCGGCUCUUCGAGCUGCGCUGCGAGGGCGAGGAAGUGCCCGACAAGCUGGUGGAGCUGUGCCUGAGCCACGGGCUGGGCCCGGUGGCCUUGGCCAACGAGCUGCUGGCCUUCGUCACCAGCAAAGACCUCGACCUGCAGCUCACCCCCGCGGGCCUGGACACCUUCGAGCACGAGGUGCUGGCCAAGCGCGGCGGCCGCGGCCGGCGCGGGAGGGACGAGCGCCGGGGGCUCCUCCACGACAUCCACUCGCUCCAGGAGCUCCUCAACGAGGAACAGGAGGACGAGCUGCUGGAUGCCUACACCACCCCAUCCAAGGGCUCCCAGAAACGCAGCAGUUCCACCCCCGAGACGCCCCGGCCCAAGCGGGCGCCCUCGUCCCGCAGCUCCUUCGGGCUCUUCUCCCCCGGCAGCUUCUCCCCAAGUGUCACCCCCUCCCAGAAAUACUCCUCCCGGGGGGGCCGGGGUGAGGUGGUGGCCUCCUUUGGCUCCGUGCAGGGCCUGGCCUGGAGCGGCCGCGGCGGCUGCGCCCUCAGAACCUUCGGCUGCCCCGAGCAGAGCCUCAGCAAACCCUACAAGUUCAUGUUCCAGAAGGCGCUGGACGUGCGGGAAGUGCUGGCCGAGCGGGUGGAGGAGCUCGGGGAGGUCCUGCGGAGGCACCACGGCCUGGACGCCUUCAGCUCCGCUGUGCUCCCAGCUCAGGAGCCGGUGACGGUGCUGGGGCAGAUCAGCUGUGACGGGAACGGGAAGCUCAACCCCAAAUCCGUGCUGCUGGUGGGGGACAGGGAGCACUCGGGGGGGGGCCAGGUCCCCCUGGACCUCUCAGAGCUUCCAGAAUAUUCCCUGUUCCCAGGACAGGUGGUGGCACUGGAAGGCACCAACAGCACGGGCAGGAGGAUGGUGGUGACCAAGCUCUACGAGGGGGUCCCUCUGCCCUUUCACACCCCCACGGAGCCCAUGGCAGAGCAGAGGAUGGUGCUGGUGGCCUGUGGCCCCUUCACGCCCUCGGACAGCGUCGCCUUCGAGCCCCUCAGUGACCUCCUGGAGGUGGUGGCCCGUGACCGCCCUGAUGUUUGUGUCCUGUUUGGGCCCUUCCUGGACGCCAAACACGAGCAAGUAGAGCAGAGCUGCCAGCUCCUGAGCCCCUUCUCCGACCUGUUCCGCCUCUGCCUCAGGACCAUCGUCGAGGGCACCAGGAGUGCUGGCUCCCAGCUGGUGCUGGUGCCCUCGCUCCGGGACGUCUGCCACGACUUCGUGUACCCGCAGCCGCCCUUCCCCUCCUGCGACCUGCCCAGGGAGGACAGAGCGCGUGUGCUCCUGGUGCCCGAGCCCUGCACCCUGGACAUCGACGGUGUCAUCUUGGGCCUCACCUCCACCGACCUCCUCUUCCACAUGGGGGCUGAGGAGAUCAGCAGCUCCUCCGGGGUCUCCGAUCGCUUCACGCGGAUCCUGCGGCACGUCCUGACCCAGCGCAGUUUCUACCCCCUGUACCCUCCCUCCGAGGAGCUCAACGUGCACUUUGAGGCGCUGGCGGCGUUCGCGGCGCUGCCGGUGACCCCGGACGUGCUGGUGACCCCGUCCGAGCUGCGCUUCUUCGUCAAGGACGUCCUGGGCUGUGUCUGCAUCAACCCCGGGCGUCUGACCAAGGGCCAGGCCGGGGGCACCUACGGGCGGCUGCUGCUGCGGAGGGAGCGGCGCGGGGACAGGAAUGGGGACAGGAAUGGGGACAGGAAUGGGGACAGGACCGGAGACAACCCUGCAGAGAAUCCCGGGGACAGAAAUGGGGACAUUCCCGGGGACGCCCCCUGGAGCAGCCCCUGCGUGGCCGCCGAGGUCGUGCGGAUCUGAGCUCCCGGCUCUGCCCCUUCCCCGGCCACGGCUGCAGGAACGGGGGCUGGAACUCCUGGGAUUGGGGUUAAACUCCUGGGAUUGGGGUUAAACUCCUGGGAUUGGGUUCAGACUCCUGGGAUUGGGUUCAAACUCCUGGGAUUGGGGUUAAACUCCUGGGAUUGGGGCUGGAACUCCUGGGAUUGGGGCUUAAACUCCUGGGAUUGGGGUUAAACUCCUGGGAUUGGGUUCAAACUCCUGGGAUUGGGUUCAAACUCCUGGGAUUGGGUUCAAACUCCUGGGAUUGGGUUCAGACUCCUGGGAUUGGGGUUAAACUCCUGGGAUUGGGGUUAAACUCCUGGGAUUGGGUUCAAACUCCUGGGAUUGGGUUCAAACUCCUGGGAUUGGGUUCAGACUCCUGGGAUUGGGUUCAAACUCCUGGGAUUGGGUUCAAACUCCUGGGAUUGGGGUUAAACUCCUGGGAUUGGGGUUAAACUCCUGGGAUUGGGGUUAAACUCCUGGGAUUGGGUUCAAACUCCUGGGAUUGGGGCUGAAACUCCUGGGAUUGGGUUCAAACUCCUGGGAUUGGGUUCAAACUCCUGGGAUUGGGUUCAAACUCCUGGGAUUGGGGCUGAAACUCCUGGGAUUGGGGUUCAAACUCCUGGGAUUCUGGUUAAAUCUCCUGGAAUUCUGGUUAAAAGCCCCCAAAUCACUCUGCACGUGGAGAUUUCCCCAGGAGGAUUCAGGAAUUUGGGAAGGGGAAUCCGAGUGUGGGAUUCUCCCUGUCCUGGGGUCACCCCUCGCCUUCGGUGGCCUCGUUAGGGGACUUAGAGUUUAAUUAGUCCAGAACCAAUUAAUUAGGGAUUCCUGGUGCUGCUGCUUGCCAGGAAAAAAACAGCUCCGGGUCUGGCUUUGACCUUUUCCCAAACUUUUUACCCCAAAUUUAUGAUGAUGGUGAAAAUUAAUUAAAGUUUCUGCCUGUC